AUGGCAGAGACAAGCCUGCACUCGGUGCUCCCGAUACCAGGGCAGCCGGAGAACAGCGGACGUUCAGAGAACCAGUGGGGGGUGUCCUUCAGCCGACGGUCGGCAUCCUUUGGCUCGGAAAGCUCGAGCUCGAGCGAAGGCAGCGAUGAGGACCGAAAGGAUGACGACCACGCACAUCAGCGGCAUGCAGCUGGUAGAAGGAGGCUUUCCCUGGCGGAACAAGCCAAUUUUGCAAUGCAAGUUCAAGGGAAGGCGGAAGCAGCAGAGGAUGUGGAACGACAGCAGAAAGACCCUGGAUGCCUCAGGAAGGUCUGCAGCCUUGCCACGCGCAAGCGGCUUCUCAAGGUUGUUCGCAGUCGUCCUUUUGUGCUCUGGAUUGCCUUCAUCAUCACAAGCAAUGCUGUCUACAUGGGCAUAGAGGUGGAUGCCAACCAGGGCGGUGAGCGUGGCAUGUGGGCAGCUUUUGAGAUACUCUUUUCCGUGUUGUUUGCCUUCGAACUGUUUCUCCGCUUGAUUGCAACCAUACCUGUGAUGUACUUUUUCUACAGUGGGUGGAAUCUGUUUGACCUGCUGAUUGUUGCAGCCUCCAUUGUUGACAACAUAUUGACGUUUGCAUUGAGGAACACAAGCGACCUGAGCAGAUUUUCGGUGUUGCGCCUCCUGCGCCUCAUCAGAGUAAUUCGAGUGUUCAGGCUGCUUCGUAUCCUGGACGGUUUGUGGAAGUUGGUGAAGGGUAUUCUGAAUGCAGCCUGGACUCUGUUUUGGACGAUGGUUUUGCUGGCAACCGUGAUCUACAUUUUCAGCAUUGUUUCUACUCGUCUUAUUGGGCAUAUGCACUUGGGAGAUCCGUUCUUCGACGAAUACUUUGGUUUCGUUGGGAGGAGCAUGUUGACGCUCUUCCAAGCAACAACGACCGAAGGAUGGGCAGACAUAGCGAGACAGGUAAUGGACAAGCAGCCUUGGUUCUCUCUCUUUUUUAUCCUCUACCUGCAUGUAACGACUUUUGCCAUUCUAAACGUCAUGGUCGCUGUCAUUGUCGAGAGCACGCUGGACGAGGCGGAUCAGAGCAAGCUCAAGUCUGCCGAGAAACGGCUGGAAGAUCUCCGCCGUGCUUAUGACAAGAUCUACAAGGUCUUUCAGGACGGUGACUGCAAUCAGGAUGGAGUCCUUACCCGGGAGGAAUUUCGAGAACAAAUCAGGCAACCCAAAGUGGCUAGGUAUUUCGAGGAGAUAGGGAUUGACCCUAACGAAGCGGAGUAUCUUUUCACCAUUUUGGACUACGACGGCAGUGGCUCGCUCGAUGCGGCUGAGUUUGUUGGAGGUCUUCUCAAGGUGAUCGGCAGUGCGAAAGCAAAAGACAUCAUGGCAGUGCAUUGCGAGUUGCGCCGCUCAGAAAAAGAGGGUCGCCAGCAGAUAUCGGUUAUGGAAAAGCGCAUCGGCCGGCAGUUGGACCUUGUGGAGACAGGUGUGCAGUCGCUCAGGCAAGAGGUGCAUUCUCUCGCGUCAGCCAUUGGCGUAACAUUGAGUUCAUGCACGAUGACAUGA